AUGUUGUUCGUAGAAUGCAUGGGAACACCGUACCAAAUCGGCCACCACCACGGCACUUCCGCCUCUCUACAGAUCCACCGCACAAUCGAAUUCUACGCCUGUCUCUUUUUGAAAAACUGUAAAAAGCGUUGGCCUGAAGUCCUCGAGCACGCUGCUGUAUUUGAGCAAACCGCAAGAGAGAAAUGGCCCAGGUAUCAUGAAGAGAUGAGAGGCGUCGCCGAUGGUGCGGGAGUGGGGUUAUUAGAUAUUGUAGCGGUGAAUGUGAGGACUGAGAUAAAUUUCGGUUUAGGUCUCGAUGGGGAGGGGGAUGCAAUGGGCUGGACGACGAGUGAGAGGAUGUGGUUGGGUCAGAAUUGGGAUUGGAUGCCCGACCAACAACAAAACCUCGUCAUAACAAAGAUAACGCAAGAGGAUAAACCCACUAUCCUCCAAGUUACAGAAGCAGGCAUCAUCGGAAAAAUCGGUUUCAACAGCGCAGGUGUCGGUACCCUCUUCAACGCCAUUAAAGUCAUCGGUGUAGACCCCACGCGCAUGCCCGCGCACUUUGGUUUACGCAUGGCGUUGGAAAGCAGCUCCGUGGAAGACGCAGUACGGCAGUUGGAGGAAUUCGGUAUGGCGUCUUCGGCGCAUAUACUGCUGGGUGAUAGAACCACGUGUUUGGGGCUGGAAUUUACAAAAAGUACGUUUGCUCAUGUGCGGCCGGAUAAGAGAGGGAGGGUGAUAUAUACGAAUCAUCUCUUGGGUGAACACCCGGGAGAAACGGAAACGGAUACGGUGUGGUUGAAAGAUUCGUUGACGCGGAUGGAGACUAUGGGUGAGAAUGUGGGGAAAUUGGAUGCAAAGGAGGAACCUAGUUGGGAGGAGAUAAGUGUGUUGUUUGAGGAUGAGCAGAAUACGCCGUUUUCGAUUAAUAGGAUUGCAACGGAGGAGAGCGAGAGUGAGACACUGUUCAGUAUCGUCAUGGAUUUGAAGAGUAAGAAGGCUGUUCUGCGAAUGGGGAGGCCGACAGAGGUGGAGGAAAGUAUAAACUUGGAGUUGUGA